ACAUAUUUUAUAAAUUAUAAAGGAAGAAGGAAGUAUGUAAAUAGUUUUUGAUUGUUGCCAAUUAAUUAUAGCAGUAAAUACCUGAAGGAACAUGGCUUGUGAUGUCUGCAUUUUUUGUACACUUACUUUUUUUGCAUUCUACGUUGCGAUCGCGUCCCAAGAAAAAGACUUCUUGCCCGAUCAACAGAAAUUUGAAUUCAGCUUUGUAGACGACAGUCAAAAAACGAAAAACUAUUCUCUGGUGGAUGACCUUGAUGUUGCAGCCAAACAUGUCAAGAAAUACAUCACAAAAAGCGGAUACAAAGUUGGUGUAUAUCAUCAUCUCCUAACUGCUGGUCAUCUUCAAUUACUAAGAGGGCUUGCCACUUUCCAGCUUGGUGCCUGGUCCUAUGGUAUUCCUGAGGCUAAUGUUCAUGAUGGCCAGAAACGCACCAAUCCUAAUAACAUUCCCUGGUUGAAUGAGAUCAAUGCUGUUGAAUUUUCAGAGAGCAUAGUGGCCAAACAGUUGCAGAAAGUUGUUGCAGAUAUGGAUGAGGGUGGAGAUGGUACAUAUGUUCCAUAUAAAGUUAUUGGUCACAUAAUGCGCUGUGGGGACUCUCCUAAGGUACAUGUUGAUGCAGCCCCUGAGGAUGAUGAGGUAUCCAUGAUGAUUUAUCUAAAUGCAAACUGGAGGAAGAAUGAUUAUGGAGACUUGUACUUAUACGAUGACGAUCAAGAAAUCUUGGCUGGGGUGGUACCACAUUACGGUCGCAUUGUUGUAUGGCAGAGCUCAAUUCCAUAUCUUCCUCGACCUCCAAGUGUUGCUUUCAAACUUGGCCAACUCUUCUUCCACAUUCGCUUCACAAAGAAUCAAACAAAAUUCAUGAAUACUCAUGAAAAAUGGUUGGACAACCAUCAACUGUAUGAAACUAUACGAAACAAAGGAUUAUUUAUUAACCCCCAAAAAGAUGAACAUAAAGAACCAAUAAACGCUAGAAAAAUGCUAGUUUCAGAGGCUAAGUCGGAAGAGGGCAAGAAAAUUUUUGUGUUUGAUGGUUUGUUUAAGAGAGACGUCUUGGAUCAACUCCGUAGUGUUAUACUGAACUAUGGCGUGUAUUAUUACGAUGACAGUUACGAUGAAGAAAGCGAUAAUGUUCAGUGGAUAGCAGCGUUUAAUGUGGAUGAAUAUGUACAAAGCAGGAUGUGGGGGAUUACAAGAGAAAUUGCUGAAUUUGUCUCUGGCGGACACGCAGAGUGGUUUCCUUACGAUGUAUCCUGCAACUUGAUUCGUAAUGCGGACACAACACAGAUUCAUCACGACUGUACACGACAAGAGAACGAGUGGACGUUUUUGUUGUAUUUAAAUCCUGAUUGGAGUGCGAAUGAUUAUGGAGAAACCGUGUUUUAUGAGACGAAUGAUGAUAAGACUGAAAUUAUUACCGAAGUACUGCCAAAGUAUGGCCGGGUUGUGAUUUUCCAAGGGAUAAUCCCACACUCAGCUCGUCCUCCCAGCAGGAAUUUCACCGGCGCGCGAUUAUCCUUUGCUGUCAAGUUAUCCGUAAAUGAAUUCACCGGAAGACUGAAAGCAUCUCGUGAGGAACUUAGGCACUUCACUGGAGCUUUGGCGGGACUUCAGUAUAUAAAACAGCAAUUUUUAGAUGGGAACAUUGAAGAUGAGGAAGGUGAAGCUCCAAUGGAAGAGGAUUCCGAAAUUUCGAUCGAAGAUGUCAGACUACGAGAAAUAAAAGAAAAGUUUGAGAGAUUUGAUAUCGAAGAGAACGAUAUCGAAGAUGUUCGUGAUUUUUUUAAGGAAGUCAGAAAUUUGCAUCUCGGAGCCAGAGAAGAAAUCAAAGAGCUUUUACAUCGGUUAUUAUGAUCGAAUAUCAGAAUUUCUUCAAUUAAUUUAGUCUAUUUGAGGUAGCACGCAAAAAAUUUGCACUUUUUUUCCAUCACCGAUUAUUUUAAUCUAAACCUA